AUUCCUACAUUGGGUCUGUGCUGUGGUGAGUGCCCCAACCCCUCAGUGGAUCAGUCAGAGGCAGUGCAGCUCUCCAGUAUCUGCUGUAAGGGACACACUGUAUCAACAUUGCAAAACACCAGUGCUGAGCGUUUGGAAAAGUUGAAUGGACAGGGGCAGAGUAAGGACUGAAAGUGAUUCAAAAAAGAGGAAAAGACAAGAGGAUUUUGAUCAUACAAGGACAACAUUAUUGGAUUGGAAUUUAUUCUCAACUUUCAAAAUAACCAUGGAACUGUCUCUGGCUCACCCGGCUCUCAAAGCCUUUAUGUGUGGCUCUCUCAGUGGAACAUGCUCCACCCUGCUCUUCCAGCCUCUGGACCUGGUCAAGACCCGCCUGCAGACCCUUCACAGCAACAUGCAGCCUGGUUCAGCAAGAGUGGGGAUGGUGACUGUGUUCUUAAGUGUUGUACGGACAGAGAAGCUCAUGGGACUUUGGAAGGGGGUCUCACCAUCGUUUGUGAGGACCAUCCCCGGCGUAGGGAUCUACUUCAGCACCUACUACUCUCUGAAGCAGCACUACUUCCUGGAGCAGGGCCCCGGGGCCAUGGAGUCUGUGCUGCUGGGAGCUGGGGCCAGGACUGUGGCAGGGGUCUGCAUGCUGCCUGUCACUGUCAUUAAAACUCGCUUUGAGAGUGGCAGGUAUAACUAUGUGAGCGUGGCAGGGGCUUUGCGCAGUGUGUGUCAAACAGAGGGACCCAGAGCUCUGUUCUCAGGGCUGACCGCCACCCUCCUCAGAGAUGCUCCCUUCUCAGGCCUCUAUGUCAUGUUCUACAGCCAGGGCAAGAACACUCUGCCACAGGAGAUAAGCACGUCUCCCUACGCGGCCCUGGCUAACUUCAGCUGUGGGAUUCUGGCCGGGGUCCUGGCUUCCCUGGUCACCCAGCCAGCUGACGUGGUCAAAACUCACGUCCAAGUCAGCCCACAUCUGUACAGGAGGACUGCAGACGCUGUGCGAUACAUUUACAAUGAGCACGGGUUUCAAGGGUUCUUCCGGGGUGGGGUGCCACGUUCUCUGAGGAGGACCAUGAUUGCUGCCAUGGCAUGGACGGUGUAUGAACAGCUGAUGGCCCGCAUGGGGCUCAAGUCCUGAGGAGGGAUGACAAAAAGAGGAAUGACAAGUCCUGAAGAGAGAGAAUGAAAUGAGGAACGUGUGUGGACCGAGGAAGAAAGUGAAAGUCAAGUCACUGAGGACAAACCAGUACACUGAGGAGUGCCCUGGAAGGCACUGCAGUGUUUGUGUCUUAAGACUGCCUAGUUGUGAGUGUGCCAAUGGACUUCUUCACUGACAUACAGUAUUCUGCCAUAACAUUAUUAACACAAUGCAAAGAUAUGAUACAUCAAGGACUGGUAUCCAUACUUUGACAGAAAGACUAGUAGUUUUAUUAAAAUGUCUGUAUAUUUGAAAGGAUUGCAAUAGUUUUGCAUUGCACAAUAUUGUCUGUCUUCAUUGUAUGUGAGGCUACACCAAACAAUACUUUUAUUUAUUUAUUCUACUGGGCUACUUUCAAAAUUCUAUAUUGCACUAUAAGUCAUAUAAUAUUGUUGGUCCCUAACUAGCCACUGGACUCCCAGCCAAACUUGACUGUUUAAGCUACUCCAGGCUUUAGAUAUAUAUCCCACUGUAGAAUUCUACAAUGUCAGGUACAGUUGAAGUCGGAAGUUUACAUACACUUAGGUUGUAGUCAUUAAAACCAGUUUUUCAACCA